AUGCCGACAACCCCGCCAAAAUUUACCUUUGGCCGUCAGACCCAGGGGAAUUACAACCACAGGCCGGCCUUCUCCUCGCCUCUUUCCUCAUCGCCAAUUCGCGCCUCGUCACUAUCGCCACCGGCACUACCACAUGAUCAACAGAUGAUGCAGCAACCACUUUCACCAUGCAAAUCCAACUUCCUCAAUGCGUUGCCCCGCCAGACUCAGUCCUCCCCGAUCAUGGACAGCCAUCAACAAUCGGGCUUUUACAGCAGCGAAAACGGCAGCCUCCAGCCACCAAAAAGCGCCCCAAAUAACAAAUUCCGUUUUGCUUCUCGCAACCCGCGGCCAAACCCUAUGCUCAAACGGCGGGAGGAAGCGCAAGAGGGCCGGCGACGAUUGUUCUUCCAGAACGUCCGGCAACGCCAGGAUGACAAGCGUUGGGACAUGCGGGGUGGCAAGGAUGAACUCUACAAACUUGAAUGGUGGCGUCAGCAACGCGAGCGUGCCCUAGCCAUGCAAGCGGAGGAGGCGCGCCAAAUCGGUUUCUUGGACGCAGACAUGGUCGCGCGCGACGAGGAGGAAAUGCGCAUGCACUAUGCCCAGCCGUCACAACAUCAACUCGAUCACCAUCAGCACGCAGCGCAAAACGGGACAGACAUGGACGCGAUGAUGGCCGAUGCUAUUGCGCUUCAGGAACAGGCCGAGAUGGAUGCCCUUAUCUCCGCGAUGGAGAAUGGCCAGGAUGCCGCCCAGACCCCUUUCAAGUCUGGCCAGUUCUCGGAUGAUGAGGAUGAUUAUGAUGGGUUGUUUAUGGAUUUCAUCCAGCAACAGCAGCAGCAGCAGCACCAGCAGCAAAAUCAGGAGAGGAUAGGGGAGUCUGAGGAUGUGGAAAUGACUUGA